AUGACUGACUUUCUCAUUGGAGACUUUAGGCUUCUGAGGCCUGUCCUCUUAGACCUCUGCAACACACUGGAGCCAGCACUGAGGAGCCGGACCAGACGCUCCAACCCAGUGCCACCACACGUCCAGGUGCUGUCCGCCUUGGGAUUUUUAACCAUUGGGGCAUUCCAGAGGGAGCUGGGAGACAGGGUGGGCAUUUCACAGCCAUCAAUCAGCCGCAGCCUGCAAAGAGUGGUUAAUGGGAUCGUCCAACUGGUCCCAGACUAUAUCUGCUUCCCUUAUGGCGAGCAGGAGGAGAUCCCGGUGAAGAGGGCAUUUUAUGCCAUUGCUGGUCUGCCCAACACCAUCGGUGCAAUAGACUACACUCACGUGCACAUCAAGGCACCCUCUCCAAAUCCGUUCCCCUAUCUAAAUGGGAAACGGUACCAUUCAAUAAAUGUGCAGAUAAUCUGCGACGCCCAGUACCACCUGCUCAACGUGGUCUCCCACAUCCCAGGAGGAGAUCGCGGAUAUGCGCUGGCCCCUUGGCUGAUGACCCCACUCACCAACCCUCAGAAGGAGCAGGAGGUGGCCUAUAAUGAGAGGCACGCAAGGACUCGUUCCACCGUAGAGCGCAGCAUCGGGCUGCUGAAAGGGAGGUGGAUGUGUUUGGACGCAGCAGGUGGCAAGAUCGGCACAUAA